GAGGUUACAACGCCUCACUGAAGAGAACCUGGCCCGUUCAACAGGUCGCUGAAGUGGGCGGCCCAAAAUAGAGAGAGCGCCUAGCGAGCGGAGCGCAGCGUGGGUUGGGGGUUUAUGGAGAUUCGAAAGAAGGAAGGACGGAUUGCGCGCCUUCACCGGCCGCUUGUCUUGCGCAUCCUUCGAUCAAGCGACUGCGAGAGUGGGCCAAUCUAGAGGGCUCGAAUCGUUGUUGAACUUGCUCUCUGCGCUCGACGAUGGCUCUGCAUUCGCUCUGCAACAGCUUGUCCCUCCGCAUCGCUUCUUCUUCACGAAAGUGGAUAGGUGAUGCGAAAUCAUUGCGCAAGUCUUCUCAGUCUGUAGCUAUUAAACCAUCGCGCCUUCAAGCAAGAGCUGAAUAUGCCGGCUUUACAUCGCCCCAGAGCACGACCACGCUUCGCACUAAUGGCACUCAAGGUGCUCGCAGAGUUUUUGUGAACUACACAUUUUACAAGACCAGAGGAGCGAUGAGUAUGAAACCCGUCAAACCUGUCUUCAAACUCCUGGAUACAGGUAACGCAGUUCUAGAUAGAGAGGGAAGCCUUUUUUUGGAGUUUGCACCUCCCGUUGCCCAACGUCAGUACGAUUGGAAUUCGAAGCAGAUCUUUGCUUUAUCUGUCAUGGAAUUAGGAACCCUUGUGGGGUUGGCUCCCGGUGAAAGUUGUGAAUUUUAUCAUGACCCAAACAUGGGCAAGAGCGAUGCUGGCAAGAUAAGGAAAUCACUGAAAGUCAACCCAAUGAAAGACGAAGAUGGUUAUUACUUCAAUCUCAGUGUGGUGAACAAGCAAGAAAACUUAGACGAAAGAGUGAAUAUUGCCCUUACGAGAGCUGAGUACUCCGUGAUGAGAUCUUCAAUAAAUUACAUUAUCCCAUAUUUGAUGGGUUGGCACGUGUUUGUUGACCCCUCGACGGUGGAUGACUUCUUGGCCGAUGAUGAGCCAGUCGGCUCGAUGACAACAAAAAAUGAAUGGGAUAAGUAGGGAGAAGACGGAGUAUUUUUCCUAACAGAGCAGGCGAAGAAGAAAUGAGCGAAACCUUGUGCAUUGGUGGUCACUCUUAGUACAGAACAAUAGAAGGACUUGAAAAUUUUGUAGAUCCUCUACUCAUCUCCUCGUUUACCAUCCUGCAUAGAAGUCAGAACAGUCCUUGUAAGUUAAUGCUACAUCCCAGUGAUGUAAUCGAAAUGUAAAUUUUGUUGACAAGAGAAGGAAACACACAUGUAUUUUCUGAUGGAC